AUGCAGGCGGGCUCCCUGCGCGUCGAGCCAGGUCCCAUUCAACGCCAUAAUCACAGUCGCAGUAUCAACGACACCCACGCAACAAGCGCACCGCGUCGUUCUAGCUAUGCAAAACCAGAAACAGCAGCAGCAACAGCAGCUGCGAACUUGAGCGGUACCUCCGCAGCACUCAAGGCUGCACAGCUUUCUAGUGCUCAGUAUGCACAAGUCCCCAUCAAGAGUAUAGCGACGCCUUCGCCUGUCAAACCUAUGCGGAAUCCAUAUAUGGCCGCUGCGAGUAAAGCAUGGUCCAACUCGGCUGCCAAGUUAUCUGAUGCUGCGCCCAUAAGCCGAGCAGGCAGUACGGCGACCAUGGCGCAUGAUACCAAAGUGAGUUCUGUGACUGGAUCGAGUCAGUUGAGGAGUAAGAGUCCCGCGCUUAUACCGAGUCAGCGUGCGUCGCUGGAAGUGACAUCUGCAGAAGAGCUAGCACCACCGAUCAUCCCUGCCAACACUGCGCCGUCACCUUCACAAGCUGUCUUUCUACAUCCUGGUCAGCUAGGCGUACCGCUUCGUGGCCGCAUCUCUCGGUCACAAUCUUCUGAUCGUCAAUCAAGAGCGCGCUCACGGUCUGCGUAUGACGCGCAACGGUCUACCUCCUACACAGUCGCAGAACAAAGUGUCUCAGGUCCACUUGCAGCAGCACGUAUUUCCUUCGCUCAAGAUCGGACAUUACAUGAAUUGAUGGCGAACGAUACCUCUGAUGCGAGCCACAUGUCACCACCACCGCUCUUCAGACCGUCUUCUUCAAGUCGUAGUCGCAGUCGUCAUGCGAGUGGACAACAACAACACCCACAACAAGCGCCGUAUGCGCAUUACACGCACAGUAAAUCGACAGGGAGUUUGGUAGAUCGACACGGUCAAUCUACUUCUCCUAGCCUCACUGUCAAUAAUGCCGGUAACACACGCUUGAGUGUCGAUGGUGGCCGUGCGGCACUCAUGGCAGCAUCCCUGAGCUUUGCGCAUCAUGAACAGGAAAAUCCACGCGCUGCAACACCUAAAGUUGAACCGUACAACUAUGUCACCCAUUCUCAACGCAUCACCCUACGUAAAGAACCGUCGCAGUCAGCGAAACAUUGGGCAAAGUUUUUGAAGCAUGGACGGGUACAGCCGAUUCCACCACAGGAUAGGAAACGGUAUGAGGGACUCUGGGCAGCGAACAAAGGACUGUUGCUUGAAGAUGUUCCACGAUUCAGUGAAGAGGUGGUGAAUGUCGUUGUUCGUGAUAUUUGGUCACGCAGUCGAUUACAGGAUGACAUACUCGCACAAGUCUGGCAAUUGGUGGAUCGUGAUGCCAAGGGUCGAUUGUCGAGAGAUGAAUUUGUCGUUGGGACAUGGCUGAUUGAUCAUCGCUUGAGGGGUAGAAAACUACCGCAUCGACAGGAAUUGACGGAUGAUAUCUUUGCGCCGGGUCCAAUGACGCGAUUGGGUAUCAAAGUUCCCAAGAAGCUGAAGCAUGAUACAGCCAAGUAUCUUGAUCCUUCCAUCAGUCGAAAGUCUGAACGCAAGGCGCAAAAGGAGGCUGCGAAAAGACUCAAGAAGGAGAAAAGAAUAGGUCUUGUUCGGCAAAUCGCUUGA